AAAAAAAAUGUACCAAAAAAAAAAGUAGUACUAUAAGAAACAAUGUCAAAUGAUGAAGAUCUAAGUCUUAAAAUGGUCAAACUGAAUAUAACAUCGCAAUCCUUAAAUUAAGAUUCCAUACAAACAACCUAAUCAAAACAAACCUAUAACUAUAUUGUCAAGUCUCAAUACAACAAUUAACUCAUUCUUCAAUUAUCACCAAUCACUAUCUUAAUGAAACACUAAAUCAAACUUCAAACCUCAAAUUUUUAAGUCAAAGUUUCUCAUCAAAGAACCAAAGUUCUAGUCUUUAUGCAAAAUCAAAAAACCCCAACAACCCUUUAACACAAACUACGCAGAAAAUGAAAUGGAACAAAAAGAAAGUUCCAAUUUUUCCUUUUCUUGUGAUUUUAUUAUUAGUCUUUAUAACAUUCUCAACUUUCCACAAUGGAAGCACCAUUGGACAAAUCCAUGAAAACCCAAAUCAUAUUCACCAUCAACAAGCUUCUUCAGCUAGCUAUGUUAAACCUAAUCUCAAGAAAAGUCAAGAGGUUUUGGAUAGACACUGUAGAUGCAAUUCUACUAGAGGAUAUAGUGGUCGGAAAAUUGCUCGAGAUGGUGGUUCGAAGAGUUAUGGUCGCUGGAGAGUGAGUUCGGAGAAAUGUGAUGUUUUCUCAGGCAAAUGGGUGUUUGAUAAUGCUUCAUAUCCAUUGUAUAAUGAGUCAGAUUGUCCUUAUAUGUCUGAUCAAUUGGCAUGUCACAAGCAUGGAAGAAAUGAUUUGGGGUAUCAACAUUGGAGAUGGCAACCUCAUGAUUGCAAUUUGAAGAGGUGGAACGUGAAAGAAAUGUGGGAAAAGUUGAGAGGUAAAAGGUUAAUGUUUGUUGGAGAUUCGCUUAAUAGAGGGCAAUGGAUAUCUAUGGUUUGCUUGUUACAGUCAGAAAUUCCUGCUGAUAGGAGAUCAAUGUCACCAAAUGCUCAUCUCACCAUUUUCAGAGCUGAGGACUACAAUGCAACUAUUGAAUUCCUCUGGGCUCCUCUUCUUGUUGAAUCUAAUUCCGACGAUCCAGUGAAUCACAGACUAGAUGAACGGAUAAUUCGUCCGGAUUCAGUUCUGAAACAUGCAUCUCUUUGGGAGCAUGCUGAUAUACUUGUUUUCAACACAUACUUGUGGUGGAGACAAGGACCAGUUAAGCUAUUAUGGUCCGAUGAUGAAAACGGAGCUUGUGAAGAAUUAGACGGGCAAGGAGCUAUGGAGUUGGCCAUGGGAGCCUGGGCUGAUUGGGUGUCUUCUAAAGUUGAUCCGCUCAAGAAGCGUGUAUUUUUUGUGACGAUGUCCCCGACACAUCUCUGGAGCAGAGAAUGGAAGCGAGGAAGCGAAGGAAACUGUUAUAGCGAGAAGGACCCUAUUGAUUUUGAGGGCUAUUGGGGAAGUGGUUCCGAUUUGCCUACAAUGAGCACUGUGGAAAACAUCCUAAGCAGUUUAAAUUCAAAAGUUUCUGUCCUCAAUGUUACUCAACUUUCUGAGUAUCGAAAAGAUGGUCAUCCUUCAAUUUUUCGCAAAUUUUGGGAGCCUCUUCGACCCGAGCAAUUGUCAAAUCCUCCGUCUUACUCUGAUUGCAUACAUUGGUGCUUGCCGGGGGUACCUGAUACAUGGAACGAGUUACUAUUCCACUUAUUAUAAAAACCAUUACACAAUUCAAUUUUGUUCGUUGAAAAUAUGACCGUAUGAGUAGUUUGAAUCUUUUAACCACGUGACCGGGAUUCAAAUAGGUUUAUUCCACCGGAAGUAAUUUUAUUUAUAUUUUUUUAAGGUAAUCCUAUUUAAGGCGGUGUCGGAAUAGGGCUGCAUAUGUUGUAUGAGAAGUUGCAAUUUGAUAAAAAAUAAUUUAUACCACAUUUGUUUCAAGAACAUUUUUUAUUUAU